AUGCAAAUUAAUUUUAAUUCGAAAAAUUUGUCUUUAAAUUCACGUUUUGAAUCGCAAAAAAAUUUAAUAGCUUUUUGUUUUAUUGAGAUUAAAUGUUGCAACGAAAAGUCACUAUGGAUAGAACGUACGUUCAAGAAGCGAGAGUGCAUCCAAUUCAUGCCUGAAAUUAAUGAUUACACAAAAUGCCAGUGCGGCAAAGAUGAAUUCUCGCACACAAACUCGCGGAUGAAUGAGAUCACUAAAUCCUCGUAUGCAGUUCCUCCAGUUUGGGAUCCCCUGACAAACACAGAUCUCCUGCCAACCGAUGCUUACGGGACGAUAGAAUUUCGAAACGGCAAGUCUCAGUACAUACGCCUGUCUAACGACACCCACCCGGAAGACGUCCUCACCUUCCUUCACACUCACUGGCGACUGGACAAUGCGAAGAUGUUGAUUUCAAUAUACGGAGAUUUCGUGAACUAUGACCUUCGACCUGAACUUCGUGAGGUGUGCAACGAAGGGAUUUUUAAUGCUGCUAAAACAACGGGCGCCUGGGUCAUAACAGAUGGCGUUCAUUUAGAUGUUGUUAAACGGUUGAACGAAUCAUUAGGUGACACAACGGGACAGUCCCGGCACAACAUCGUAAGGAUCGGCAUCGUCGCGUGGGGAGUUGUGCAUCGGAGGGAAGAUCUCAUUGGCAGGAAUAAAUCCGUGCCUUAUAGUUUUUCGUCAGCUAAUAACGACGGGACUGUUCUGAACGUCAACCACUCUCAUUACCUACUCGUCGACGAUGGAUCGGUUGGAAAGUUCGGUUCUGAAAUAAUUCUGCGCAAGAAUCUCGAAAGAUACAUCUCCCAGCAGAAGAUUGCCAACAACAGUAACCAUGGUACACCUGUAGUAAGAUUGCUAAUGGGAGGUGGCAGUAAUUGUAUCCGAUCCGUAAUCGACUGUGUCACAAACAAACCGCCCAUCCCUGUUUUGGUGAUUGACAAGAGUGGUGGAACGUCUGAUUUGCUGUCAUUUGCUCAUGAAAAUAUUCAAUCUGAUGGGGGCAUGUCGCAGAAUACAAGGAAACGACUGCAGGCGAUGAUAUCCAACCUUUCUCGAUUGGAACAUUCAGCUUAUGAAAAUGUAUUCGAGGAAUUAAUGUUAUGCGUGAAGCACAAAAAAUCGAUAACAAUUUUUAGAUUACAGAACGGAAAGGAGAGUCUUGACCAAGCCUUGCUCAGUGUCCUGUUGAGAUGCCAAAAGUCAAGUUUGCAGUAUCAACUGCACUUAACAAUGGCGUGGAACAGAGUGGAUGUGGCCAGAAAGCACUUCCUUGCUUGCGCUCACUUAUGCAAAGAAGGAGCUCUGGACAGCCUGAUGUUGGAAGCCCUUGUACAUGAUAGGGUUGAAUUUGUCCAGUUGUUAAUCGAGAGUGGACUGAAUGUGAAAAUGUGGCUGACCAUCAAAAGACUCGAGGAGUUGUAUAAUCAGAGAUUUGAUCCAACCAGUACAUUGAGACAUCUUCUCAGCGAACAGAAAACGGUAACUCAUCAUCAUCAUCGUCGCCAUCCUCCUCCUCAUCAUCAUCAUCCUUUCAUCGACUAUGUGCCGUCUAAUUAUAGAUUCAGCCUGUACGAGAUUGGCCAAGUUAUAAAUAAACUAAUGGGCGGGGCCUUCCAAUCUUUGUAUGGAAAGAGGAAAUUCCGUUUGCUGCACAAUGCCGCAAAGAUAAAAAGCCGCAAAAUCUCCACCGCAUCUAGAACCUCAACGACUUCGACGACUUCCACAAACGACGACGACUACAACCACUUGUUGUCAGAUACCUUCAAGUACCCUUACAGUGAACUGAUGAUGUGGGCUGUCCUCUUGCGAAGGCACAACAUGGCCAGGUUCAUGUGGCGCAUGGGACAGGAAUCCAUGGCUAAGUGCUUGAUAGCGGGCAAACUGUACAGUGGCAUGGCCAGGGAGGCCGACGAAGAUGAAGAUGAUGUGGGCGCCUCUUACGAAAUCGACAAACACCAUCAGGAAUUUGUUGCUCUUUCAACCGAACUGUUGAACCACUACUGUAAGAUCGACAGCGAGCUGACGAAGCUGCUUCUUACGUACGAACUCAGCAAUUGGAGCAAUCAGACGUGCCUCAGUUUGGCUGUGGCAGAUCGUAACAUGAACUUCCUGGCACACACCUGCUGCCAGGUGCUAUUGACCGAAAUGUGGAUGGGUGGACUGCGAACUCGCAAGUAUCCAAGUAUCAAGGUCAUAUUUGGCAUUCUUUGCUUUCCACUGAUUUUCUUUUUCAACUACAAAAGUAUCGAAGAGCUUGAGAUCAUGCCUCAAACACAACACCAACUUCAACAACUCAAUCUACCGAACGCCAUCAUCGACAUUCCUUCGUCAUCUGGCAAAUCAUCGACAGCUGUCGCAGCUGCUGCAACUGCUGCUUUAGCUGCUGUCGGAGCUGCGGCUGCAGGAAUGAACAGUGCCACUAAUCAAGAUGGACCACAACUUUUUACAGAACGCCUGGUUGUUAUACGAUGCAAAAUCAUUCACUUUUAUGCAGCUCCCAUCACAAAAUUCUGGAUGCAUGCAAUCGGCCACUGCGUAUUUGCAUUGUUAUUCUUCUACAUGGUCAUCCAGCCCACACCAGCAGAACGCAGAACCGCUGCAGAGUGGUACGUCCUUGCUUACAUGUGUGCUCUCACAGGGGAAAAAUUCAGAGAAUUCGUAACGUGUGAUGCCCCAAAGAUAAGACAGAAAGUCUUCAUCUUCUUCAAUGAUUUUUGGAACAUUGCCGACAUUUCAUCAAUCUGCCUCUUUUAUAUUGGCUUCGCUCUUCGAUUCCACUUUGAUUCAACUUCCAGAGUAUUUUAUUCCCUCACUGUUAUGCUGUGCAUCGUUAAAUUUGUCGAGUUCUUCGUCAUUGGUCCUAAGUUCGGACCGUACAUAACAAUUCUCAAGAAGAUGGUGAGUUGGAAGAAGGAUCUCCUAUUCUACAUUCUGGUCAUCCUAGUUAGCUUUGGAACAUUCAGACAAUCCCUCUGGUUUCCGGAGCAAGAUUUCAAGUGGUCGUCGGUCAGAAAAAUAUUUCUCAAGCCUUACUUCAUGCUCUACGGAGAAACCUAUAGUGAUGAAAUCUGGCCUGAUUGCGUGGAUGAUGUGACAUCCGAGGAAGAGUUUCCAUGUGUGCCUGGAAGGUGGCUGGUGCCUUUUAUCUUUGCUGUGUACUUGGCGGUUGGCAUCAUUGUCCUGCUCAGUCUUCUCAUUGCUGUCAUCAACGGAGUUUUCAUGAGAAUAUACGCCCAUUCGAACACUGUUUGGAAAUUCCAACGUUACAAUUUGAUAAUAAAAUACGAAACGAGACCCAUCCUGCCUGCUCCGUUCAUCCUCAUCAACCACGCCUUCAUCACUUUUAGAUACCUUCUCAUGUGCUGUACCAAGAAGCAAACGUUUUUCGAUCGCGGACUAAAGGUAUUUCUGGAUGAGCAGGACCUAGAGAAGUUGCACGACUUUGAAGACGGCUGCAUCCAAUCAUUCCACAAAAACAGAGCUCGACGGACCACAACCAAUGAUAAACAAACGGACAAUCAAAAAGCUUUAAAGUUAGGUAUUUGUUCGGAAUUUCAAAAUGUUGAAACUUGA